ACAAAUACACAAAGGAAGUACGGAAUUAUGUUGAGUACAUUUGAUAAUUCAGUUCCAUGGAAAGUCGAAAAACCUUUAAACUGUUGCCAUGCUUCGGUGAUUGUAAGUUGUAAUUGCUCUGUGUAAAUGGAUCAUUUGGUAAAAAAAAAAAUAAAAAAAAAUAAGUUGUUUGGAUGAACUAUUUUAAUGUUAAUUUGUUUUAUAAAAUGAGCGUUACCCUUGGCCCUGAAUCUCCAAGACGAUAUAGAAAAAGUGUCAGUGGGAUGUCUUUGUGGCUUGACGACUUUAAGAGAAGUAAUGUUGUUUCUGUAUCUGGUAUACUUGAGUUUGCUUACAGGGAUUUGCAGAAGGCGACUCAGAAUUUCACAACAUUGGUUGGCCAGGGUGCAUAUGGUCCUGUGUACAAAGCUCAGAUGUCAACUGGUGAAAUAGUUGCUAUGAAGGUGAUGGCAACUGAUUCAAAGCAAGGGGAGCGAGAAUUUGAAACAGAGGUUAAGCUGUUAGGAAGGUUGCAUCACAGGAACCUCUUGAAUUUGCUUGGAUAUUGUACAGAGAAGGGAAAAAACAUGCUUAUAUAUGCGUAUAUGAGCAAUGGCAGCCUAGCUUCCCAUUUAUACAGUAAGUGAACAAAUUAUAUCUUCAGCAUU